CAAGUUUUUAACUAACGGGGCUAAUAUUUCUAUUUAUGUUGACAGGUUUGAAAUGUCAACAACAUCGGUUCUGUUCAAAGGUGUGGCGAUCGGCGCAACUGAGAGCGCGUUUGAGGAAUUUGUUCUGAGAGAAACCGGAUCCGUCAGACCUGUGAAAGUCAGGUUCUACAAUCCAGUUGGAGAUCACGCAUACUAUCAACAUGCUGACCACAAACAUUGCGUUGCCGAUUUUGCCAAUUGUAUGGAAGCUGCCGGCAUAGUUGGGUUCCUGGGAUCCAAAACUCAUCUCGAGUUUCAAGGGAAAAAGAUCAUCUCGGUCUCUCUGCAUAAACCCGAAGGUCACAAGAGUGCAAUUCAUCAUGACCAAAAAACGAACGGAUUCCACUCGGAACAGAGGUCGAAUGGGUUUGAUAGAAACAGUCCAAGAGGCAGUGUUAGUCAGCCGGAGACAGAAGUCCAGUGUCAACAGAGUAUUGAGAAGUUUAAAUUGUGUGUUUACAAUGUGCCAGUUGAAGCAGACAGGGCACAUUUCCGCAAUUUCUUAAAAGAACAGACCGGGACUGAACCUAUAGAGCUGUUUUUCGCAUUGAGAAGCAAGAACCCCAACAGCAGUAUAAAGAACUCUACACUGGAUCUAUCUAUUGAUGGCAGCAAAUGGUUUGUGACGUACGGCAAUGACGAGGAAGCUCUACAAAUGAAAACGUUAAUGGACGAGGGAAAAGUGGAGUAUUUGGGCAGCAAACUGAGUGCAAAUUAUGCGUUUGAAAAAGACCCCGUACUUAUCAGGUCAAAGGCGCUUGCGGCUAUCAAAUUGAGGAAUCAAGCUACCAGAACUGCAAACAAACCCCAUCCGCAAUCAAACAACUCUCAGAUCCUUCCUAGUCGACCAAACUUCAACAAUGUUUCACCUCAAGUUCCAAAACAACCCCAACAACAAAACUAUAUCAGUGGAUAUGGACCAGGAGGGAGCAGAACUAGACCGGUGUCAAGUAUGAUCAGACAGGGUCCACAACAGUCGAAUGACAGUCUAGGUGGAAACUCCUCGAUGACGGGUUCCAGUGUAACCAUUGUCCCAAAUGGGCAACAGAACCAAAGUGGUCGGGCGCCAAGACCAAAUUCGACUGGAUUCUCGGAUAAGCAAGCGAUGGUAUACUUGGAACCAGAGGUCACAAAAGAAGACAUUCAAGAUAUCUUCUCAAAAUUUGGAGAACUUAAGUAUACAUACGUGACCCAACCGAAACCAGGAAAGACACAUAUAAUGGGAUUUAUUGGGUACAAGCGUCCGGAGGGGUUGACCCGCAUGUGGACAGAAACUAAUAGAGUGGUCAAUAUUAAAGGGACAGAUUAUCAAGUCAAACCAGCGUUCCACAAGGAUGACAGUGUUCUGGAGAAAGUCGACAAGAUCAACCUUGCUCGAGAUGAAAAGAACCAGUCGCACUCUUCGAGACCCUCGACUUUCAGUCACAGGAACCAAGCAGAUGAUUUAGGUGCCCAGUCGGCUUCAGAAGUCAAUUGUUCAUCGCCCUCUGUCGUGUCUGAGUCGGUCAAAAGCACAGAUUCAUCAGAGCCUGGCAGUAAACAAGAAUUAUUGGCAACUUCCAGUGCAUCCAACGGAGGAAUACUUCGUGGAACUCCUGCUCUCGAGAGCUCCAUUGCAUCGGUUAAACUCCCAACUCUUGCCAACAUGAAUUUCACUGACUUGUGUGCAAGUUCAGCCAUCGAGGUCUACGUGAAGAAGUAUAACAACCACUUGUAUAUCAUUUUUGAACUAACAGACCUGAAUGUUGCCAAAAAUCUUCAGCAAAUGCUGAAUGAAGCGGGCCAAAAAGCACCGACUGGUCUCAUAGACUAUGUCGUAUCGGGCGAAGUUGUGAUGGUCGAAAACGAGGAAGGUUCCGGAAGUUUCAAACGGAGCGUGGUGCGGAUAUUUGAUAUCGACACUGGCUUGGUUGUGUUGGAAGAUCUGGACAGCUGUGAGCAGUUCACAGCUGCGGUGGAGGAGUUGAGACCUAUAAAUGACGAGUGCGUGGCCUUACCGGUGUCGUAUUAUCAUGGGGCACUCGUCAAUUGUGAGCCGUUGCCAGGCAAGAAUGACGAUUUGAAUGAUAUGUUGGCUGAGUUCCUGAUGGGCGAGAGUGUCACUGAGCCCUUCCAUGUCCAAGUGUACAGACAAAUCUUCAACUGGGUCGACUUCGAGUUGUCCACAGAGGAGAACGUGAAGGAGGGGUCCAUUCCGCAGAUCAUGAUCGAUUACGAGAUGGCAAGGAAGCCACAGACGGGUGAAGAUUGGACCAGAAACAAGAGCAUAGACCCCAUCAAGAUCAGCAAAGGCGAGGUGAAGGAGUGUGAGGUGAUGAGCUACGUGAGUCCGAAUGAGUUGCUUCUGCAUGUGUCUGACAUGAUAGACUACGACACUCUCUGCUCCGUGUGGAGUGUUGCCGAACUCACCACAGUUCCAAACUACGCGCCAUUCCCUAUGGAAUUAGUGUGUGUACUGUACCAUGACAAUUGGUGCAGGGCUAACUGUCUCAGUGUGGGGGAGGACAAGACAGCCACUCUUUUCCUGGUCGACUGGGGGGAUCUGAUUAACAUGCCAUUCAAUAAGAUCAGACCAGCCCCAGAUGAUUGGGUCCGAGACUCCGACACUCAAGCUACUAUCCAAGGAUUGGCCAUUAAAGUCUCUAUGCAAGGGUUGUACUACCCGACUAAAUUCACUACAGAGCAGAUAGCAAAAUUCAAAGAAAUAUGUAAACCGGAAAGCACUCAGCUCACUUUGAAAAUAACUGAGUUGAACAAGCGACGUCGUGCCUAUGAUGGAACCCUAGAAGUUGCUAGCAAAGGAGACUUGCUAGACAUCUGUGUAAGAGAGGGAAUCGUGAGCGAAAGUUCAAUUACGUCUUCAGCUUCGAGGUCGCUACCACCAUCAGUUGCUGUGGGGCAAAGCAGCCCGAACGAAAGACAAACAGAGCCAAAAAUGAAUGGAAACCUGAAUGGACCAACGUCAUCAGUUGAGAAUCAUCAAAAAUUUCAACAGCAGCCUAUUGCGGAAGGGAAUAUGGCAGCUUUUUAUGGUGAAUUAAUUACCACUUUUCCUUGGGAGAAAAAUCUACGAAUCGUCAAAUAUGGCGCUGCUUAGUUUUUCAUAAAUCUAUCACUAGAAAAUCGUGAACUUGAUUUGAUGUUGAGGCGAGAAGUUUUGGCCUAAUUUGCGUUGACCUUUUUUCUGUUUCAGAAAAAGCCAGUGGCGACGUCUCAAGAAGCGACAAGGAGCAAAUAGUCCAUUUAACUCAUGAAGUAUCUAAUUUGAAGUUGCAAAUGCGACAAAUGAAAGAGGAAUUCGAUUCUUUGAAACGCUCGAUGGGAAGUCAAUAAAUUCACGAGACUGUUGUUCAAAACUUUACUUCUUUAGCAUCUGCCUUUCAGGCUUUAGUUCAGAACAUUAUCAUUUGAGUGGGAAAUAUUCAAAUAUUUCAGAGCUUCGAACUUUCGAAAAUUCAAAGUGAAGAUCUUGAUUGUUUGUUUGUGGUAGAUUCUGUUUACAUGAAACUUUGAUAUCCUAUCAGCUAUUUUAUGCUGUAUUUAUGUUGGUUGGUCUAUUUAUUUGAUCGAAUGUCAAUGAACGAAGCGUUUUUUUCCUAUUCAUUGUUUGUAGAUAUAAAAACUGAAUGGUGCUUCAAUUCGGCCUCAUUUUGGUUUCAUAUGUGGAGUUUUGGAAUAACCAGCGAAACAAUACAAAUAAUUUUAGAUCAGACUUCUUCAAAGUUGGACUUUCCUCCAAAUGAUAAAACUGAUCUGAAAUUAAAUUAGAUUAUCACGAUAAAUUAUUUCAGACCAAGUUCUAAAAUGAUGUAAUUUGGUCUCUUUCCUGACUUCGUUCACACUUUUCCAACGGCCUCGUUGGCUUUGGUUAUUUAAGUUACUUUUCUAUCGACAAUUGAAAUGAAUUGAGUUUGUGAAAUUG